AUGCCUCAUCGACAAGAAGGCCAAUAUGAGGUUAUGGUGAUCCGCGACCAUUUGUCCUCAAGAGAAACAAUUGAUGUAGAUCCGCACGCUCUCUUCCUUCAGUCGGCGUCUUCUACCAUCAAGCACCAAGGUUCCGGCUUGGGGACGCCAUGCAGAUCUGUUUGA